AUGUCACUCAGCCCUCUCUGCAGUGACCCCGCUCAGAACAGAAUGCUGGGAAAUAACAAGCCCUUUUAUCCCGGCCAGGAUGACAAAGAUGCGGAGGAUGAGGAGGAGGAAGAGGAGCAAAACGGAAAAGAGGAAGGUGGACCUGACCGAGAGAAUGGAGGGUUAGAAGGUCAAGGGAAGGAUAUGGUCGGUGGACGACAAUCCUGGGAAGGCAAAGGCGGUGAGGGGGUGAGAGCUGCGGCCCUGGUGGCUGGUAGACAGAGAGUGGAGCGGCUCCAGAGGCCCCCGAACCUGAUUAACCGUGGUGUCACGUUCAUGUCCAAUCAAGCGCAUCCACCGAGCAAUAAGCCACAGCAGCACAUCAAUGCAGCCAACCAGCAGGCUCAUGUAGGAUCCAGCGCUCUGCUGAAGAGGCGAGCUCAGAUGGAGCGCAGCAUGACCACGGCCACCACUCUGGAGGAAGCCUUCUUCACCAUGAUGGUGUUCCGCAUCGGCAUUCCUGACAUCAAUCAAACAAGAUGUCUCCAGUUUGACCAGGACUGCACGGUGUGGAACGCGAAGCAGCAGAUCAUCUGCUCCCUAACCGAGUCAUUAUGGGAUGCCUACAACUACGGCUUGUUCCAGCCAGCUGGAGAGGGCCGGGACGCCAAAUUUCUGGAGGAAGAGAGGCCCUUGAGAGAUUACUCACAACCUUUUGAGAAGGGCGUGCCAUAUCUGGAGUUUAGAUACAAAACUCGAGUUUAUAAACAAACAAAUUUGGACGAAAAAGCCCUUGCGAAGCUCAGCACAAAGACAAAUCUGAAGAAGUUCUUGGAUUACGUUCAGACUGGUGCUGUUGAGAAACUUAUAAAAGUCCUUGAUAAAGGUCUCGAUCCAAAUUUCCAUGACCCAGACAGUGGAGAGACACCCCUUUCUGUGGCUGCACAGUCCAGCGUCUCGGGUGAUUGCAUCAAGGUUCUGGUCCAAGGUGGCGCUCAUAUUGACUUCAGAAGCAAAGAUGGCCUGACUGCUGUCCACAAAGCUGUGCGCGUUCACAACCAUAGUGCUCUACUGGCGUUAUUUGCUUUGGGUGCCUCUCCCAACUACAAAGACCGCUGUGGUCUGACCCCGCUGUACCACACCGUGCUGACAGGUGGCGAUACUUCCUGCUGUGAGACCCUGCUGUAUUACAGGGCAAAGCUCGGGACCAGGGAUGAGAAUGGCUGGGAUGAAUCCCAUCAGCCAAGGGAUGAAGAGGAGUUUGGAAUGGAAGAAAUACAUAAGGCCUGUCAGAAUGGCUUCGCCCAGCAUUUGGAGCAUCUAUUGUUCUAUGGCGCAGACGUCACAUCGCAGAAUGCCUCAGGGAAUACUGCGCUUCACAUUUCUGCUCUGUACAACAAAGAGAGUUGUGUUCGUGUUCUUCUGUACAGAGGAGCAAAUAAGGAGGCAAAGAACAAACAUGGCCAGACACCCUUUCAGUUGGCAGUAAUGUCUGGCCACUUCGAACUCGGGGAAAUCAUCAAAAACCACAAAGAUUCAGAUAUCGUGCCAUUUUUGGAAUCGCCAAAGUAUGUUCCGAUGCGAAAAGCGAGCGCCUACACGUUGCCUCUUCCGUCGCUCCCGUCCUCCCACCCUCUUCUGCGUGCUAACAGUGAUAACAGCAUGACCCAGUCAGACCCCAUGGCACUGCCCAACAAGCCUUCCACAAAUCCCAAGCAGGGUCAGGGUCAACGUAGAGCCUCCAUUGGCAUGAGAAGCUCCAGCAGCCCCCGAAAUCGUAGUCGUUCCCCAUCAAGAGGGAGAGGGGGCCAGAGUGACACCGAAGAGAGGCACCGGCAGCCGCGAGGGCGACAAGGAGCGACCUCGGCGAGCAAGGCUGGAGGUCAAAUGAAGCGCAUGUACAGCGCCGUGCCAGGGCGACUGUACGUGGCCAGCCGUGCUCACGCCGCCGCUGGCGAGAGGGAGCUGUCGCUCAGCAAAGGUGACAAAGUUAAAGUGUUAAGCGUUGGAGAGGGGGGAUACUGGGAGGGAACUGUCAACGGUCGCACUGGCUGGUUUCCAUCGGACUGUGUGGAAGAAGUGGCUUCCCACGGAAAUCGAUCAGACGCACGGACCGAGAAAGCAAGAAGGAAGCUGUUCCGCAACGUUACCGUCGGAGCUUAUGAUGGCACAGAUGGUCCCAGUGACUACAUCAUUAAGGAGAAGACAGUGCUCCUGCAGAAGAAAGACAAUGAAGGCUUCGGCUUUGUGCUUCGGGGAGCCAAAGCUCAGACUCCCAUAGAGGAGUUCACACCCACGCCAGCCUUCCCGGCACUGCAGUACCUGGAGUCCGUCGAUGAAGGCGGUGUGGCGUGGAGAGCCGGGCUAAGGAUGGGGGACUUCCUCAUCGAGGUGAAUGGGCAGAAUGUGGUGAAGGUCGGGCACCGGCAGGUGGUCAACAUGAUCCGACAGGGUGGCAACAGCCUUAUGGUAAAAGUAGUUAUGGUUGCCAGGAACCCUGAGCUGGAGGACACUGCUCGGAAGAAACCCACCGGGCAGAGCAAGAGACUGACUCCUCCUGCCUUAGCCCUGCGCUCCAAAUCAAUGACGUCAGAGCUGGAAGACAUGGUGGAGAAAGCCACCUCUCCAUGGAAAAAGAAAACAGAAUACGAGUCCUCCCAGGUUCCAGACAAGAAGAGGACGGUCUAUCAGAUGGCAUUAAAUAAACUUGAUGAAAUUCUGGCUGCUGCCCAUCAUACCAUAACACCCGACAACCAGAACCAGAGGGGCCAUGGGGGCAAGAGGGACAGAAGCAAGAGUAUUGUUCCAAGUGUCUCCACUGAGUCAAACUACGAGCUGCAGUCAACAGUGAACGCAGGCCAGCAAGUAUUUACCUACAACCAGGCUGUUUUCCAGCCAGGACACGGUCCCCAGCAUGCAGUUAUGAUGCGGCAAAAGUCAAUUGGUGUUACAGAGGAGGAGAGGCAGUAUCUUCACCCGCCGGCAAUGAAGCUGGCACGUAGUCUGUCAGUACCAGGACCAGAGGAAAUUCCACCACCCCCGAACACAUCUGCUCCAGAUCCACCUUUGUCAACAGGCAGAGGAUCUGCUAUGCCUCUUUCACCUCAGGCUCAUUACCAGCUCCAUUCCCAACCUGGGCCUCCUUCACAGUCAGGAUGGGAAAGAGGAGCUCAUAGUGGCCUAAACCAACAGGCCAUGGUACCCACACUCCGAAGACAAUCAGAUGGCCUAAGAGAACAGGAGGCGCCUCGAAGAGGUGGCGGGAAGAUGGGUGGGUUGAGGAGAGGCUACAGCAGUGCUACUCCACCAACAAGCGCUAAGCCAAAGGCACAACAAGUUCAAUCACAAAAUCAACAUAUGCCCCCACAAGAGCAGGGUGGAAGCACCGGGAGAGGUUCAACAAGGAGGGGGCGAGGUGCUCUCAUCAAGCAGUCCAAAGUAGAAGAUGGAUCUCGACAGUAUAGAGGGAAAGGAGCAGCUCCCAAGGAAAAGAGCUCCAUUCCUAUUCCCACCAUUAUUGUCAAAGCACCGUCCACGAGCAGCAGUGGGCGCAGCAGCCAGGGCAGCAGCAUCGAGGCUGAGGUUUCGCAGGAUGUAGAGGAAAGCCCAGCCGACCAAAGCCAAGACAGCCAAACCAGUUUACCCUCACCCCUGACCCCAGUGCCACCUCUGUCCACAAGCUCUCUCACUACAUCAACGGCUACCACCUCAGUUCAGUCACUGCAUAAUGAUAAUAACUUGGAAUACACAUCAACUUUUGAGACAGCGAGCAGAGUAGGAGGGGCACGCCGGGAAAGGGAACGUUUCCGGGAUAUGAGAAGAAAAAGUGCUUCUUUCUAUUUGUCAUCUGAGGAGGACAUGCAAGCAGAAGCAGGAGGAGGAGCGCCGUUGCAGAGCUCACAUAUUGAAGUACCCACCCCACGACUCAGGCCUUCAAAGUCCAUAGAUGAGGGAAUGUUCUCUGGGGAUAAUUAUGUCCAUUAUUCCAGCAGCAUGCCACCAGCUUUCGGCCUGCCAGAGUACUCUUCUCCUGUCCUUAGUCAGGAUGGACAACCAAAGUCCGCACCAUCAAUGUACGGAUCCCAAACAGCUACUACCUUUAUUCACCCACUGACAGGGAAGGUCCUGGACCCCUCAUCGCCACUUGGCCUUGCACUGGCUGCACGAGAGAGGGCUUUAAAAGAUGAUCGUAGGACACGAAGAGAAGACAGGCAGUUUGGACGACAGCUGUCCACUGUGGGAGCAUUUCCCACUCCCGUACAAACUCCCACUCCGUCACUGUUUGCAACUCCAACACAAUCAACUUACACUUCACCUGUCUCCCUUCACUUGAGUUCGCCGACUACGACAACAUCGCCCGCAUCUCUAAGCAGGCCACAGUCACCAAGAAUACUACGCUUGGGAGGUAGUGAGAGGGAAAAAGAGGGAGGCUCAAGGGAGGGUCUUAGGGUUCGUUUCUCAGAGGAUCGAAGCAGCCAGCAUUCAAUGCAGUAUUACCCACAAAGCCCCAAGGAAAGAGAAAUGGAGAGCUAUGAUAGCAGAGCUGCCCCACCCAUACUUCCGCCCCCACCUCCCACUCAGCCUGCCCCUCGCAGACCCUCCUUCCUGCAGAUGGACUGCACAAGCAACAAUAGUUACAUCCCGCAGUACUCUGUGCCUACAGCACCAACACAGACGCAUGACACGAUGGUGGAAUCCGGAAGUGGGCCAGGAGGUUUAGGGUUGAUGGUCCUCCCUCCACCUGCUCCAUCAAUAGAUGUGGACGAAGAAUUUGUCUUUGCCGAUCCACUGCCGCCGCCUUUACAAUUUGCCAAUGGUAAAAGGGAGCGAGCAAAGGGGUUUCCCCAGCAGUACCAACUAAAUCAGCAACCUAGUGGUCCCCCUCAUCCACCUCCAAUUCCUUCUUCGAAGCCUGCCAUUGCUACCCAACCCUCACCGCAGGGUGGAGACUCAGCAGCCUCAAGUCUUACCUCCUAUGACAGUGAGGUGGCUAACCUCACGCAGUCUCCUCUGUCUCCUUCAUACCCAUCUGCUCAAAUAUAUCACUCUUCUUCAUCAACCAACACCACAUCUGCUACAAUGUUAGCUGCCACUUCAUUGCACAGACCUCAACCCAUGGCCCAAUCUCAUCCUUAUUACACUAACCCUAGUGAACCUUUGGGUCGUGCCCCUAGCCCAGCCCAGGAAAAAGGAACAGCAGCCUUAACCACCGCUGUAACCUAUACUACAACUACAGCGACAGCCACUUUAGCUGCUACAGCCACGAAAACAUCUCCCUCGUCCUCUGACUACAGUAUAAGCAUAUCAGGGCCCAAAACUAGUAUCAGCUCGGGGGCCAGGGCCAACCAUACUCACCACCCUGCUGUUGCACCUAAAAGUGGAGAGUGGCAAGACGCUGUGAUUGAUUCAGGGAUCGAGGAACUUGAUAGUCACAGCAGUAGUGACCACCAUCUAGAAAUGUUUGGAUUAAGAGGAGGACACAUAACUGAGAGUCAAGUUGGAGGAAAAGGAGAAGACCAUCAUGACUCUUGCUACUCUGGUGGCCAGAGUUUUGAGAUGCGUGGUGACAAACAUGGAAGCCCAGCUUUCCCAAAACCAAAUCAGAAUAAGGAUGGAUUACAGUCUGUCGCACUCAGAAGGCAAAACAGCACCAAUCCUGCUCCAUUACAACUGCACAGGCUAAACAACCCAGACGAUACAGGGCCUGAGGGGGCAGAUGAACGGAAAAGGCGGCAGCACCGAUCUGAAAUAGAUGAUAGCUUUAGUGCCAGCCUGGCUGCGUACAUGGAGAGGCCAAUAGAUCCUCGACUCGCCAGCACAGGAGAAAUUGGAGCUCAUGAACAGAUCCAGAGGGGAGGUGCGUUUGACGGCCGCAGACUUCAUUCACCUUAUUCUGGAAUGAAGACCAACAUCAUAACAGAGUUGAGUUCGAGGUUGCAGCAGAUGAGUGGCAUGAAGAGCAUGGAUGACUGGACCUGUCCACCUAAGUCACCUACAAUGAACAGAUACUCCGCAGAUUUUACAGACGCCUUUCACAGCCCGCCCACGGGCCGCUCGACCUCACCCUUGCCCACCUCCUCCCCACAGCAUCGGCAGAUUCUUACACCCAACCUGUCAGCCACUCCUUCGGUGUCCCCUUCGCCUCAAGUUCCCGUGCAGCGCACAUGGACUCGCUCCCCCUCUCCACAAAUACCAACCUCGCCGGUGCAUUCACACCCCCCACACUCACCGACCUACUGUCCGUACCCAACGUCACCCAAACAUCGCUCAAAGAUGCGCAGACAGACGUUUGAUUUCCAACCAACAAAGGAGAUGCGGUCUUCAGUGUCUCGGCAUCGUGCUCCGAGUCCUCUUAUCUAUAACACUGAGCAAACAAGUCCAGCACCGCCCAGGCCCUCCUCUCUUCCAAUUCUUCCCAGUACUCCUGUAUACAGUAAUCCUUUUGAAUUUCCUGGACCACUGACUCCCCCUUCCCCUGGACUUCCUUUAGGAGAUGCCUACAAGACCUCUACACCACCAUUGUAUUCUCCAUCUGGUAUCCAAAAUCCUUUGCUUGUGUCGCGCUCCCUCUCCCCUACUCAUUUCCUCUCUGGAGCCUCUUCACCUCUUCACCUGCCACCAAGUCCGUCAUGUCUGAAUUUCCCCCACCUCACUCCACCACCACCAGCCCAGCCUUUUGCCGUUAAGCCCCUUACCUUUUGGACCAAGUAUGAUGUGGCUGACUGGUUGGUUUACCUAAAUCUUGGAGAACACAGGGAGCGCUUCAUAGACAAUGAAAUAGAUGGCUCGCAUCUGCCUUCGCUCACCAAGGACGACUUCUUGGACCUUGGAGUGACACGUGUUGGUCAUCGAAUGAACAUAGAGAGGGCUCUGAAGAAACUCACAGACAGCAGCGAAAAUGGAAUGGGCUGAACGCACCUGUCCACACCAACAAGGAGGCACAGAAGGAGCCUACUGGCCCGCAUGAAUCUGGGACGUUCUGUAAAAACUGCCAUUCAAUAGACAUCAUCUUUUAGGGUGAGCCAGAUGCGGCACCUUUAAGUGGUCGAAAAUGAUUAUAACGCAAUUGAGUGUCAAAUAUUCAUAUGAUGAACAAGCCACUGAACAAAUAACACUUUCAAAACACAUGACUGAUUUCAUUGUGUCAUUUGCCUGUCAACAAACUAAUGUGAUAGCAUCCUUCAAAAAGUGUAGGGGCUGUGAUGAAGGCACAAAUAUACCAAUAUCAAGUCAAUUUACUGGUCCGACAUUCUUGACAGGUUUUAUGUGGAGUCAUUUAUCAGUUGUAUAUGCAAAAACUUUUUUAAUAUUGAAGUUUGACAAGGUUACAAGACCACUUGAUGUUUAUGGCUGUCAAAUGAUGUUGCCGCCUGCGACUGUAUGGAGCAGCUUGUCCUGUUGGGAAUGGUUGUACACUUGUCUCCUUUAUCUCCUUUAUUCCAGGUUUCGUUGGUCCAUGGAAAACUCUGUCUGGUAAGUUGGCAUUUAAGCAAACACUGCUACAGCGUUAUCACGAAACAGUUCAACAGUUCUCUUUGGACCUACUAUUAAUUUUGUUUGUUGGUCGAUCUGUCUGUUUGUUUGUUUUCCCCUGUCGUAUUGGUGUGCAAGUGCUUGUUUGCCAAAUUUAGAUGAAGCCUCAGGCCAUGGUUAAAACAAGAUAGAGCUCCCUCAGUUUCCAGCGGAGUAUUACCAUGCGAGAAUCAGCAGUGCUUUUGAAACUUGUUCCAUCCUGUCACAUUGUAACCUCAGACAAUACAGU